GUUACGGCACAUGUGACGUACCCCUAGUCGGACUGAAACGUGAUGGUCAGCGACGGCGUUAGAUCAAAGACUAUUAAGAAUGCUUGGGUCGCUUUUUAUUCUUCUAUUUCUUCAAGUCCUUCUCGCGGUCUGUCUCGCCUACUUCGGCCGCUCUUGAGAGCUCAAGGGCGGAACGGCUAUACGUAGCUUGUGCCGACGCAGAUAUUACGUCUCUCCGUUUCCAAAUUACUACUCGUUCUCAACACCGAGCCUGGCAAACAUUUCGUGGAAUUAUUGCGCGAAUCCGAGACCCGAUUAAGUCGAACGUCGUCGUCAUGACGAAGUACUAUAUCGCUAUGCAGGCUUCGGAUCAUUAUUGGCGCGGCGACAAGUGUGGCAUUAAUGGCUCUAUAUGGAACAUGUUCUGGGACAUGGGCCAUCGACGUGGGAAAAGAAUAGAGGAUAAGGGGGGCGGCCUCUGGUGGAUUCUCUAUGACAGCCUAGCCGACUCUCACACGGCUUGGAACAUCGCCACGGGGAAAAACGCUGAUUACGCUGUCGAGUUUGAAGAGGCCAAUAUUAUUGACGAGUGUGGUGAGGUGGUCCAAAACCUCCCGAUGUAUUUCGGAUAGGAUACGGAGAUAGCGCUUGAUUUUGGUACAACGUUAAUGGAAGGAUGAUCUAUAUCGACAAACGGGGCAUAUACGCAUAGCUAAUGAAGAGAAAGAGAGAUGCGUGCUAACUUUGAAGAGUGAAGAGGGACUAUAGGUGGCCAUGGGAGAGAGAAACUAGAGAAAGAGCGGUAAACUGGGAGGCUGCCUGCCCACAAUAUACGUUGCUUCAAUCGUAACGCAAAGGGAUUGAUGCAGUACAAAUUUGGCGGUGCCCAGCGAUCA